AUGCACGUCCAGGGAAACAUCGACAUCGCGCAGAAAGAAGUUGAUGACUUGCAGGCAGCUGUCGACAGCGGCAGCGACAUCCCACGUUGCUUCUCGGAGUGCAAGCUUGUCCGAGAGAGGAACAAAACGCAGGCGCAGCGUGAGCGCACGCAGGGGCGGGUCGAGAAGCUGGAGCCGGAGAUCAAGGAGGCCCAGGAGAAGCUUGACAGGGAGAAAGCCCUCUUGGCCAGACAAGAUGACAAAAUUCCAAAAGCAGACGUGCCCAAGCCGGGCAAGGGCUGGGGUGCGGCCGCGCCCUCCCUGGAGCAAGCCAAGAAGUGCCUGCGCGACCAGGAGACGGACACCGAGAUCGCCGAAGCCAAGAAGGAGGCCGACGCCGCAGCGCGGGAGGCCGCCCACGACAAGCAGCAGAGGAACAAGCGCAGAGCCGAGGAGGAGAUCAAGCAGGAGUUGGUCUCUUUUCCCCAGAACGCCGACGCGACGCAGAUCACAAAGAUCAUGCAGGAGGCAGAGCAGGGGCGGGGGUUCUCCACCAUCAACGCGAACUCCAUCGGCACGCUGGAGCGGAAUAUGCGCCCCAUCAGGUACACGUACAAGUAUCCCAUCAUCAUGGCGCAGGAGCUGCAGGCUAACGAGCACAGCAUCUCCUGCUUCACGCAACGCAUGCAGAAGGAGGGCUGGAGGGGGGCCGACACGUGGGACAUCUCGCCCCGCGAGUCCAGGGGCCGCCUCGCGAUUGGCUGGGUUCGCGCCCUCGGCAAGGACCUCGGCAAGGAGGGCAUCGCCCUAGGCGCGGCCUACCUCUGGGUCAGCGAGGGCAUGACAGACCGCAACAGGGCCAUCCUUCGGAACUUCACUACGGCCGCUGCGGCGGCGGGGAAGUACUGGAUCCUGGGCGGCGACUUCAACAUGGACCCAGCAGAGCUACAACGCACAGGGGUGAUCAACAGAAUGGACGGGGUCAUCGUGUUCGACACCUCGCGCGGCUCGUGCGUCGCACUGGGCGAGGCGCGGCACCGCGACUACUUCAUCAUGUCCAAGACGCUCCUGGAUGGCCCGCUCCACGUGGCCGUGCAAAAUCAGCACAACACGGCGCCGCACUCACCUGUGCUCCUGCGAGUUCCUCGCCCACGGGAAGAGAAACGCUGGGUACGGGUACUGCGGCGCCAACGGCGAUGGCCACUUCAGCUGCCCACAGGCUGCGUGGCGGGGCCGACCUCGUGGCCACGACUCCUGGAGCACCGCAGGCAUACUCAGGAGGAUGUGGACCGCUACUGGGGCAACCUGGCCAACGCGUACGAGGAGCACCUGAACAAGUACUUCAACUACGUCGGCCUGGACUGGCACGAGCGCAAGGGUCACCUGCAGCUGCCCACCUACGCCUGGGAGCAGCUCAAGCCGCCCACGGUGCGCGAGGCCGCGCGGGAGCAGCAGUGGGCGGAGGCAGCUGAAUGGCUGGGGCGCCGCUUGGAACACGUCAGCACCGCAGUGCGAGCGCGGUGGAAGAACGGGAAGCAAGAGACGUUGGACUGGGCUCAGAACAACGCCAAGGGCAUCCUAGGGAAGGACAUCAUCGGGCCGCUCCUCGAGCGGAACCACCCAGCAUGGCGCGCCGAGCCCGACCAGGAGCGGGGUGAUGGCGACGCCACGGACGAGCAGGACAACUCAGACAACCUGGACGAGUUAAACUACACAGUGCGCCGAGUCGAGGAGGACAUGACGAGCCUCCCAGAGAAUACUCCUCGGCGGACCCCCGCUGUCCUCGGCCUCACGGCUUCGCAGGACUGCCCGUUGGUCGGGGCGGAAGCGGCAGGGGAGCGCCGCCGACCGACGGGGCGGGGGCGAUACACGGACAUCGAUUGGGGCAAGUUGGCGAACACAGUCGCCUGGAUCGACGCCGAGCACAUCACCGAGAGGGGCUUGCACUACGUGGACUGCGUGGCCAAGCGCAUGACAGUGGCCAGCCAGCGCACGUGGCGGCGAGCACGACCGGAAGCGGCCCGAGACUGGCGACGCCAGGUGACCAAGCACAGCCAGGCGGGGGCGGGGGCGUUGCACAAGUGGGCACAGCCGCCUGUGCCGUGGGCCCCGAUCCAGCCGACAGAGUCCCGCGCCCAGCAGGAGCUCACGCACCCGCAGGUGGCAGCGGACGCGGCGCUGGAGGGCUGGGAGACGGUCUGGGCGGACAGCUACAACGCCGACGAGCCGUGGUGCCAGGCCCCCAGCGACGACGAGUGGAGCGAGCACAAAGUCCCGCGGAUCACCCCGAGGGACGUCAUCGAGGCUUGUGGGCGGUUCCGAGCUGGGACAGGCCACCAUCCUAUCUACCUGACGCCGAAGGCGGCAGGUGGCUUUCGCAACCUGGGCCUUAUCCCUGAGCUGGCGCGCGUGUGGGAGACCAUCCGCAUCCCCUACGCGAGGCGUUGGGAGGCAGCAAACAAGCGAGUCUAUGACUGGGCACGCCGAGGGAGAUCGUCGGAACGCGCGGCAUGGCUACAGGCACUCUACUGUGAGGCCGCGCGGGCCGACGGACACGACUAUGCGGUGACCUACUUCGACCUGGUCAAGUGCUUCGAGUGGGUCACCCAUCGGAAGGUUUGGGAGGCGUCGCAGAGAUGGGGCUUCAAUCCAAUCAUCAUGCGGACCGUCCUCAAGAUCUACAGCAUGGCGCGGCGCACCGUCCUGGACGGGUGCUACGCCGACGGCAAGGCGUGGCAGCGCGGCAUCGUGGCGGGCAGCGGGUUCCCCUGGGCGGACACGUGCCUCUUCUUCGACGACCUCGCCAUGGCCACGUACGGCAGGCGCGAGUACGUCGACGAGGUCCACCCGCGGCUCAUCGAGGCCGUGGUCACCAUGUUCGAGACCGCGCUGGACAUGGCCGUCUCGCGGGGCGCGGAGGGGAAGACGGUCACCCUGGCCUCCUCCACCGCGCUGGGCCAGCACAUCAACAAGAGUGCCAGGCACCUCGGCGUGAGAGUGGUCAAGCACGAGAAGCACCUGGGAGCGACAGCAACAGCAUGCAGACGGAGGAGAGUGGCCGCCAUCAACAAGCGGGCGCUCAAGUUUGCAGCGAGAAAGGCACGGGUGGCAGCCGUGCGCAGAGCAGGAAGAGCGGCACACAAGCUGAUUCGACAAGCCAAAGUGCCAGCCCUCCUCUACGGAUCGUCCGUCGUCGGCAUGGCAGACCCCAAGCUCGCCGAGCUCAGGAAGAACGCGGCGGCGGCGAUGGAGGGCAACAACAAGGGAAGGUCCACGGCGCUCACGCUGCUCAGCGACAGGGCCGACCCAGGCAUCCUCGCCAACAGUGGCCCCAUCAUCGCCUGGGCUACAGCGUGGCAGGAAGCGCUCGAGGACGACCAGCUGGCCGCGCGGCUCCAGAGCGCGUGGCGCCCCUGGGUGAUGAAGAUCUACAAGUGCAAGGCGCCCUGGCUCACAGUGCGGGGGCCAGCGGGGGCGCCCUGGCUCACAGUGCAAGGCGCCCUGGCUCACAGUGCAAGGCGCCCUGGCUCACAGUGCGCGGCGACGGGCAGGCGCCUCGGCUGGAUGACGCAGGCCUCGCACACAGCCACCAUCGACGGGAACGUGCUCGACCUCCGCUACACCAUGCUGCAGGAGAUCCAGCACCACGUCGCGCGCACCACGGAGAAGCAGCUGCAGGGCGAGUGGUUGGGCCAGCACGGCCGCCUGUGCGGCAUCACCUCCAUCUUCCUGGCACCGGUGCAAGCACUACUACGACGACCCCUCCAGGGCCGCUGGACGCAGGCCCACCGCACUCGAGUGAGGGGCCUGUUCUGCGGAGGGACGUGGCCGCAGGCGCGGCUACACGCAUCAGGAGUUGCCACCGACAGCACAUGCAGAGCGUGCGGGCUGGCACCAGGCACCGACAGGCACCGCACCUUCGCGUGCCCACUGCGCCAGCCACAUCGCGACGUCGUCGGAGGCCUCCACAUUCAGCAGCGAGGAGCCAACCCCUGGCCAGGCCCAGGAGCCGAUGCUCUAUGGGGGCGCGGCAUCACGGCCGACCCCGCCGACGAGCUCGGGCUAUGGGAGUUAGCGUCGUGCGACGACUGGCUCGCCGAGGGCAACUGGGACGGCCUCGCGACAGGGGACAUCUACGUGGACGGAGGUUGGAGCUUCACCAAGCUCAAAGACAAUGACGAGUACGACAUGGACUACGUGUGCUACGGGCCCCUCCCUGGCGCACAGUGGGUCCAGAGCAUCCUGCGGGCGGAGCUCUACGCGCUGCUGCAGGCGCUGCGUGUGGGCACCCCGCCCAUGCGCAUUUUCACCGACUGCCAGAACGUCGUCGACGGCGUGAUGGCGGGACCAGCGUGGCUCGACAAGAGGAGCCGCCCGCACCUCGACCUCUGGGAGUGCAUCGCCCAGGCCAUCGCAGAGCUCGGAGGCCUGGGCCCGCGCACCGUGCAGGUGCUGAAAGUGAAGGCCCAUGCGACGCGCGCCGAGCGAGCAGCUAUCGGGCGCGCGCAGUGGGAGGGCAACAAAAUAGCUGAUCAGUACGCCAAGCAGGGAGCUCUGUAUCAUACCCACCCUGUUUGGUGUAGAGAGGCCUACAUUCAGAAGUAUCGACUGGUUCGGGACAUCUUGGAAUUCGGAGCCUACAUAGGAGUCCUGGGCCGUGACAUUGUCGACACUGAGCAGGGCUCGAGCCCGACGGACUCGAACCCCCCCGACCCCCCCUCGGACCUCCUGGACCUUCCUGGGAACCUGGGGGCGGUCGUGGGCGAGGAGGGCGGGGCCCUGGUGGCCCCUGACCCCCCUGCCCCGCCCCUGGUGGCCGACCUCCCGUCUCGGGCCGCUCUGGACUGGGGGGGCACCAGGGUCGACAGAGCCCAGAGAGCGGGGCACAACAUCGCGACCCGCAACACGUACGUCUUUUCCCGCAGGUGUGCCAGGUACGCCCGUGACAGGCGGGACGGUGCUGGAGAGCGCCAACUUCAGAGUGGCACUGCGCUCUCGGGCUACUUCAUGGUUCGUGACUCCGCGAAGACUGCGAACCACGGUGCGGCCAGCUCCCAGGACGGCGCAGAGGCCGAGGAUGCCACCAAAGCAAAGCUCAAGAAGUUACGGGCACACCUGGCAGAACUUCGACGGCAGGCGGAGGACCCAGACUUGGCCAUGCACGUCCAGGGAAACAUCGACAUCGUGCAGAAGAAGUUGAUGACUUGCAGGCAGCUGUCGACAGCGCAGCGUGAGCGCACACAGGGGCGGGUCGAGAAGCUGGAGCCGGAUAGCAAGGAGGCCCAGGAGAAGCUUGACAGGGAGAAAGCCCUCUUGGCCAGACAAGAUGAGAAAUUGCAAAAACAGAGUGCCCGUAUCGAAGAGCUCAGCGUGCCCAAGCCGGGCAAGGGCUGGGGCGCGGCCGCGUCGUUCCUGGAGCAAGCCAAGAAGUGCCUGCGCGACCAGGAGACGGACACCAAGAUCGCCGAAGCCCUCCGCCACGCGCAGCAGCAGCACACCGCCGAGGAGGAGCGAGCUGCUGCGGCCGCAGCGGCAGCAGCCGCCAAGGCCAAGAAGGAGGCCGACGCCGCAGCGCGGGAGGCCGCCCACGACAAGCAGCAGAGGAACAAGCGCAGAGCCGAGGAGGAGAUCAAGCAGGAGUUGGUCUCUUUCCCCCAGAACGCCGACGCGACGCAGAUCACAAAGAUCAUGCAGGAGGCAGAGCAGGGGCAGGGGUUCUUCACCAUCAACGCGAACUCCAUCGGCACGCUGGAGCGGACUAUGCGCUCCAUCAGGUACACGUACAAGUAUCCCAUCAUGAUGGCGCAGGAGCUGCAGGCUAACGAGCACAGCAUCUCCUGCUUCACGCAACGCAUGCAGAAGGAGGGCUGGAGGGGCCGCCUCGCGAUUGGCUGGGUUCGCGCCCUCGGCAAGGACCUCGGCAAAGAGGGCAUCACCAUAGGCGCGGCCUACCUCUGGGUCAGCGAGGGCAUGACAGACCGCAACAGGGCCAUCCUUCGGAACUUCACUACGGCCGCUGCGGCGGCGGGGAAGUACUGGAUCCUGGGCGGCGACUUCAACGUGGACCCAGGAGAGCUACAGCACACACGGGUGAUCACCAGAAUGGACGGGGUCAUCGUGUUCGACACCUCGCGCGGCUCGCGCGUCACACUGGGCGAGGCACGGCGCCGCGACUACUUCAUCAUGUCCAAGACGCUCCUGGAUGGCCCGCUCCACGUGGCCGUGCAAAAUCAGUACAACACGGCGCCGCACUCACCUGUGCUCCUGCGAGUUCCUCGCCUACGGGAAGAGAAACGCUGGGCACGGGUACUGCGGCGCCAACGGCGAUGGCCACUUCAGCUGCCCACAGGCUGCGUGGCGGGGCCGACCUCGUGGCCACGACUCCUGGAGCACCGCAGGCAUACUCAGGAGGGCGUGGGCCGCUACUGGGGCAACCUGGCCAACGCGUACGAAGAGCACCUGAACAAGUACUUCAACUGCGUCGGCCUGGGCUGGCACGAGCGCAAGGGUCACCUGCAGCUGCCCACCUACGCCUGGGGGCAGCUCAAGCCGCCCAUGGUGCGCGAGGCCGCGCGGGAGCAGCAGUGGGCGGAGGCAGCUGAAUGGCUGGGGCGCCGCUUGGAACACGUCAGCACAGCAGUGCGAGCGCGGUGGAAGAAGGGGAAGCAAGAGACGUUGGACUGGGCUCAGAACAACGCCAAGGGCAUCCUAGGGAAGGACAUCAUCGGGCCGCUCCUCGAGCGGAACCACCCAGCAUGGCGCGCCGAGCCCGACCAGGAGCGGGGCAAUGACGACGCCACGGACGAGCAGGACAACUCAGACAACCUGGACGAGUUAAACUACACAGUGCGCCGAGUCGAGGAGGACAUGACGAGCCUCCCAGAGAAUACUCCUCGGCGGACCCCCGCUGUCCUCGGCCUCACGGCUUCGCAGGACUGCCCGUUGUCCGGGGCGGAAGCGGCAGGACAGCGCCGCCGGCCGACGGGGCGGGGGCGAUACACGGACAUCGAUUGGGGCAAGUUGGCGAACACAGUCGCCUGGAUCGACGCCGAGCACAUCACCGAGAGGGGCUUGCACUACGUGGACUGCGUGGCCAAGCGCAUGACAGUGGCCAGCCAGCGCACGUGGCGGCGAGCACGACCGGAAGCGGCCCGAGACUGGCGACGCCGGGUGACCAAGCACAGCCAGGCGGGGGCGGGGGCGCUGCACAAGUGGACAAAGCCGCCUGUGCCGUGGGCCCCGAUCCAGCCGACAGGGUCCCGCGCCCAGCAGGAGCUCACGCACCCGCAGGUGGCAGCGGACACGGCGCUGGAGGGCUGGGAGACGGUCUGGGCGGACAACUACAACGCCGACGAGCCGCGGUGCCAGGCCCCCAGCGACGACGAGUGGAGCGAGCACAGAGUCCCGCGGAUCACCCCGAGGGACGUCAUCGAGGCUUGUGGGCGGUUCCGAGCUGGGACAGGCCUGGGAGAAGCAGACUGGCACCCGCGUCUCUGGCGACAUGGCGGGUUUCCAGGAGCGGCACGCGUGGCAAGCGUGCUCAACGCGGUGGAGCGAGGAGCGCCUUGGCCCACGUCGCAGGCCGCCAUCCUCAUCUACCUCACGCCGAAGGCGGCAGGUGGCUUUCGCAACCUGGGCCUUAUCCCUGAGCUGGCGCGCGCGCGGGAGACCAUCCGCAUCCCCUACGCGAGGCGUUGGGAGGCAGCAAACAAGCGAGCCUAUGACUGGGCACGCCGAGGGAGACCGCCGGACCGCGCGGCAUGGCUACAGGCACUCUACUGUGAGGCCGCGCGGGCCGACGGACACGACUAUGCGGUGACCUACUUCGACCUGAUCAAGUGCUUCGAGUGGGUCACCCAUCGGAAGGUUUGGGAGGCGUCGCAGAGAUGGGGCUUCAAUCCAAUCAUCAUGCGGACCGUCCUCAAGAUCUACAGCAUGGCGCGGCGCAUCGUCCUGGACGGGUGCUACGCCGACGGCAAGGCGUGGCAGCGCGGCAUCGUGGCGGGCAGCAGGUUCCCCUGGGCGGACGCGUGCCUCUUCUUCGACGACCUCGCCAUGGCCACGUACGGCAGGCACGAGUACGUCGACGAGGUCCACCCGCGGCUCAUCGAGGCCGUGGUCACCAUGUUCGAGACCACGCCGGACAUGGCCGUCUCGCGGGGCGCGGAGGGGAAGACGGUCGCCCUGGCCUCCUCCACCGCGCUGGGCCAGCACAUCAACAAGAGUGCCAGGCACCUCGGCGCGAGAGUGGUCAAGCACGAGAAGCACCUGGGAGCGACAGCAACAGCAUGCAGACGGAGGAGAGUGGCCGCCAUCAACAAGCGGGCGCUCAAGUUUGCAGCGAGAAAGGCACGGGUGGCAGCCGUGCGCAGAGCAGGAAGAGCGGCACACAAGCUGAUUCGACAAGCCAAAGUGCCAGCCCUCCUCUACGGAUCCUCCGUCGUCGGCAUGGCAGACUCCAAGCUCACCGAGUUCAGGAAGAACGCGGUGGCGGCGAUGGAGGGCAACAACAAGGGAAGGUCCACGGCGCUCACGCUGCUCAGCGACAGGGCCGACCCAGGCAUCCUCGCCAACAGUGGCCCCAUCAUCGCCUGGGCUACAGCGUGGCAGGAAGCGCUCGAGGACGACCAGCUGGCCGCGCGGCUCCAGAGCGCGUGGCGCCCCUGGGUGAUGAAGAUCUACAAGUGCAAGGCGCCCUGGCUCACAGUGCGGGGGCCAGCGGGGGCGCCCUGGCUCACAGUGCAAGGCGCCCUGGCUCACAGUGCAAGGCGCCCUGGCUCACAGUGCGCGGCGACGGGCAGGCGCCUCGGCUGGAUGACGCAGGCCUCGCACACAGCCACCAUCGACGGGAACGUGCUCGACCUCCGCUACACCAUGCUGCAGGAGAUCCAGCACCACGUCGCGCGCACCACGGAGAAGCAGCUGCAGGGCGAGUGGUUGGGCCAGCACGGCCGCCUGUGCGGCAUCACCUCCAUCUUCCUGGCACCGGUUGGAGCUUCACAAGCUCACGACAAUGACGAGUACGACAGAGGACUACGUGACGUGGUGGCGCAACUCCCUGGCGCACAGUGGGUCCAGAGCAUCCUGCGGGCGGAGCUCUACGCGCUGCUGCAGGCGCUGCGUGUGGGCACCCCGCCCAUGCGCAUUUUCACCGACUGCCAGAACGUCGUCGACGGCGUGAUGGCGGGACCAGCGCGGCUCGACAAGAGGAGCCGCCCGCACCUCGACCUCUGGGAGUGCAUCGCCCAGGCCAUCGCAGAGCUCGGAGGCCUGGGCCCGCGCACCGUGCAGGUGCUGAAAGUGAAGGCCCAUGCGACGCGCGCCGAGCGAGCAGCUAUCGGGCGCGCGCAGUGGGAGGGCAACAAAAUAGCUGAUCAGUAUGCCAAGCAGGGAGCUCUGUAUCAUACCCACCCUGUUUGGUGUAGAGAGGCCUACAUUCAGAAGUAUCGACUGGUCCGGGACAUCUUGGAAUUCGGAGCCUACAUCGGAGUCCUGGGCCGUGACAUUGUCGACACUGAGCAGGGCUCGAGCCCGACGGACUCGAACCCCCCCGACCCCCCCUCGGACCUCCUGGACCUUCCUGGGAACCUGGGGGCGGUCGUGGGGGAGGAGGGCGGGGCCCUGGUGGCCCCUGACCCCCCUGCCCCGCCCCUGGUGGCCGACCUCCCGUCUCGGGCCGCUCUGGACUGGGGGGGCACCCGGGUCGACAGAGCCCAGAGAGCGGGUCACAACAUCGUGACCCGCAACACGUACGUCUUUUGCCGCAGGUGUGCCAGGUACGCCCGUGACAGGUGGACGGGCCUAUUCUCUCCAUGUCGCCCUCGGGCCCAAAGGGUGAUCGGGGGUAGGCUGACGCGGUUGUGGAGUGGGCUACACCCCUCCACCAACCAGCCCCUGUAG